UAAUUAUAUCUGUGCUAUACGUGAGAUAACAUGGAAAGCUGCUGAACACGGCAUGUUAUAAAACAGGUAUGCGUUUGGAAAAUGGAUAUUUCCGCAUUUGUGAUGGUUUUAACAUUCGCUUCGUCUUUUCUUGAAGGAAAAGGUUCGAAGCACCGAAGACAUGAUGAUCCUGUAAAUUUCCGAAGGGCUCAAAAUUCAGGAUGCUUUAUCAUCACUUCGACUAUUAAUGUUCCAUUACUGGAGAAAGAAAUAAAAGGCGAUGUAAUGGUCACAUAUCAAGUUGUAUCCAAGCUACAGUGUGAAGAUCUGUGCAUGAGAACUCCACAAUGCCAAGGCUUCAAUUAUGGAGAACAAAAGUGUGAUAUUUUGAGCAAAAUCUACGACCCACACGAAAGGGAAAAGAGUGUCAGCAUACGAGCCGUAAUGAAAAAGCUUCUCUUGGGCAAAGAUGAAUGCGCUAAAAACACAUAAAUACCGAAAAAUAACUAAAUACAAUAAAAGGACAUGAAAGACAACAUUAUUCACCGAAAGGAUGUCGAAGUUUGACAAGGAAAAAGUUUGAGAUUGUUAUUUUGCUUUACGCAUAGCUUUAUUACAGCGGUCAGUUGAAACAAAGUUUUGAUAUAUGCGUGUAGUUUAGGAAUUUUUAGCAAUGGAGGGGUUCUCUGUCGGAGAAAAGUUAAAACUUUAUAAACAACAUAACAAUUACUGGGUUUCUGGCGUGAUUUAAGAUAAACAUUUUCAUGUUUUCAAGAAGCCUUACCAUCAAGGUUUCAUCUCUGAUUUACUAUGAUGAAUUAGUUACAAGAUAUGUUUUA